UUCAAAAAACACAUUUUAAAUACCUGCAUAUAGAUAUGUACUUAUCUAUGUACUUGGUUCUUAAAUGACAGUUAUGAUUAAAUGAUCUAUUCGUGUGUAACGUAAAACAGGUAAAAAUGAAAUUCUGUAAAAUUUCACAUAUUUAUAUUACAAUACUGAUCAUCGCAAAAUGUACCAGUGGGAGGAGAUCCAGUAAAGCUGUGGGCCUGCUUUCUCCAAUAAAUAUCGAUACAUCUCGAGUUACUCCUAGUUUCAAACCACUGAAAAUAUCAAUAGACGUUCCCAGAACUUUUUUUUCCUCUGGCAUAGCAAUAAAUACAGGAAAAGAAAUCAGAGCUCCUCUGACAAAAAGACAAGAAAUGAGAACACCACAGAUAACAAUUGGCAAUAUUACAUAUGUACAAGCUGACCGACAUUUACUAAUAAACCAAGAUGGAUCGCACAGAAAUCGUAGCGGACACACCAUCAAUGGUAAAGGAUACCCCAUCGAAGGAGUCAAUGUAUUCGCCAACAUCGAUAAAUAUGGGAGUUUGGAAGAAGCCAAGAAACACCCCAAUGGCAUAUUAGUUCUCUCGCUACCAGUCGAUGUAAUAGAAAGUGACAUUCCGAAUCCAACAUUUAUCCCGUUUGGUAUAUUGUUGCGUUUGGGCGAACUAAAAGAACCCGACUCUGCUGUAAAAUAUUCUUCCCUACUUGCAUAUAGUAUGUACGACUCUCUCAUUAAGAACCAUGCGUAUUACACUUACACCGGAUCUUUAUACGAUCCGCAGACAAAAACGCAAAUACCAGAAGUCACGCAAAUUGUACCUCAACCGCCUUAUGGCAUUAUUUCUUAUAAACAAUUUGCAGCUUUUAAAAAUGUUUUGAAUAAUAAUGGCAUUCCAUUGAGUACCAUAGCUCCGUUAUAUCCUGUCAAAGGCAGAGAAAUCAAAGCAGUAAAAGGACUCUUCCUGGAAAUACGUCCCUUUUACGUGACUCUUUUUGUUCCGUGAGCAGUCUGCAAGAAGCUGAAAAGUUUUAGACUGUUCUGGUUAUUUUGAUGAAAUCAUUAUAUCAUCAGUUCAUCACUAUCACUACCUUUAUAGUUACCUACUUACCUAUCAUUAUUAUUACUUAUCAUCAAAAAAUUAUAAUGCAUACCUACAUAUUUUAAAAAAUGAAUAAAUAAAUAAAUAAAUACCUAAACAAACAAACAAACAAACAAAUAAAUAAAUAAAUAAAUAAAAACUCAUGAUAUCCAUCAAAACUUCAAAAGUACUUUUGAAAAGCAAAAUUACUGCCAACCAAAGAAAAAAAACUUACGUUCAAAAAACCAAAAAGAAUUGUCAACAAAAAUCUGUUUAGUAAUUUUAAUGAAAAAAUUUUGUUGGUCAAAACCACCAAAAAUAUCUCGCCUUUUAUCUAAACUGCCUAUUAGAAAAUCUUGUUUUUUUUUGUCAAAAAAAUUCAUUUUUUCAUCAAAACUGCCCAAAUGUGUGUUUAAAAACUCUCUGGUGAAAUUUUUAAUCCUUCAAAUUACUCCUAUCUCCUCAUGACGU